AUGGCCAACUUUGGAGAGGAUCCGCCGCUAACGUUUGUCUUCAGCCUAUUCGAGAAGGGUGUUGAAGACCCUCCGCCCAAUAAACUCGACAAAUCCCGUCACGAAGCCCGGGCGACCUCGGUGCACGCGGGGUACCGCACCGGCUCCCUCCCGGGAGCUCCGCUGAGGACCGGUGGGAUAGUUAUGGAACCAAGAGAGUUCCCGAUGGUGGCACAGAUGGUGGCACAGCACCACCAGCAUCCACCCGACAGGCCUCCCGAGUUCCGAGUCCUUUGGAUGCAACCAUCUAAUUGUUAG